CCUCCCCGGGCCGUCCCGGUGCGGGCCGGCGGGGCAGGAUGGAGAUGCCGGGGCCGGGAGCUCCGCUGCUGCUGCCGUUAUUCCUCCUGCUGCUGCGGGGGUGCGGGGUGCGGGGCCAGUACGAGGAGUACAGCUUCCGCGGCUUCCCGCAGGCCGAGCUCCGGCCCCUGCAGGCGGCCUACGCCGCGGCCCUGGAGCGCUACGAGGGCGAGAACUGGCGGGAGAGCGUGCGGGGCCUGGAGGGCGCCCUGCGCCUCCACCGCCUGCUGCGGGACAGCGAGGCCCACUGCCACGCACGCUGCAGCGACCCCCGGCCCGGAGGCCCGGCCUCCCCGCAGCCCCCGCCACCGCCCGGGGAGACCGGCGACCAGUGGGCCCGCGAGCUCGGCCUCUUCGCCCACGUCCUCCACCGCGCAGCCUGCCUGCGGGGCUGCAAGCGGGACCUGCCCGUCUUCCGCCUGCCCUACCCGCCCCGGCAGCUGCUGAGAGACUUCCAGAGCCGCCUGCCCUACCUCUAUCUGCACUACGCCCUCUUCAAGACCAACCGGCCAGAGAAGGCCGUGGCUGCGGCCCACACGUUCCUGCAGCGGAAUCCCAAGCACGACAUGACCCUGAAGUAUCUCAACUACUACCGGGGCCUGGUGGACGUGGACGAGUAUCUCACGGAUCUGGAGGCUCAGCCCUAUGAGGCGGUGUUCGUGCGAGCCGUUAAACUCUAUAACGCAGGGGACUUCCGGCUCAGCGUGGCCGACAUGGAGCGGGCCCUGGCGGAUUACCUGGCCGGGUUCGGACGCUGCCUAGCCGGCUGCGAGGGAGCCCACGAGCUCAGCACCUUCCGGGAUUUCUACCCUGCCAUCGCAGACCGCUUGGCCGAAGCCCUGCAGUGCAAGGUGGACUGUGAGGCUGACCUGACCCCCAACGUGGGCGGCUACUUCGUGGACAAGUUCGUGGCCACCAUGUAUCACUACCUGCAGUUUGCCUACUACAAGCUGAACGAUGUGAAGCAGGCGGCACGCAGCGUGGCCAGUUACAUGCUGUUUGACCCCACGGACAACAUCAUGCAACAGAACCUGGUGUAUUAUCGCUUCCACCGUGAGCGCUGGGGCCUACAGGAAGAAGACUUCCAGCCCCGCCCGGAGGCAGUGCAGUACCACAACCAGACGGCCGAGCUGCGGGAGCUGCUGGAUUUCGCCCAGCUCUACCUGCAGAUGGACGAUGACGAGAUGGAGCUAGAAGAGACCGUGAAGCCGGACAGGCCGGAGCUGCCCUCGGACAGCGAGUUUGAGGGGGACGGAGACUAUGAGGAGGGCAUCUAUGCUGACUGGUGGCAGGAGCCGGAUGCCAAGGGUGAUGAAGCAGAGGCAGAGUCAGAGCAGCCAUGAGUGGCCGUGACCCUCGCCCCCGACGGAGAUCUCCGGGGGCCCCCCGACCUUUCCGCCUGCGCAUCCAGGGGAGGGGUUCUUCGCCUUCCCUGCGGACUCCGGGCGGGCAGCAGAUCUAUUUAUUAAGAACAUUUUUCCGUGCAGCGAGGCGGCCUGCCGCCGGGCGGGGAAGGGGUGGGCGGGCCGUGCCCGUGGAUGCCCGCUAGGGGGCAGGGCAGGAACAGGCUGCCUGACUGUCGGCGCAUCCCA